GUUUUCUUUACAAAUGUACAGUACAAAGUUCGAUAGUACACCUAAUACCUACUAAUUUUAUUAGUAAUAAUUAAUUUUAAACAAUCGAUUCGAAUAAAUACUGCGAUGUCAGCUAUAACUGAUAUUAUGACUUGUAAGCGUAUUUUAGUGCAGUCACAUGAAAGAACUAGUCCACAAUUUACAGCUGUUCUAUACGCAGUUGUGAGCAAAUUUAACGUUGAUGGGUUAAUUCCAUUAAUAUUUAAUAAAUGUAACCUUUGUGGAAUGUACGUCGAAAAUGUACACCUAAUGUGUAUUAAUCCAGAAUGUUCAAUGAAUUUAAAUAUGGAAGUUGGAUCAGAUGAAUUAGAAAGCAUAUUAAAUAUUCGUUUAUCAUUAACAGAUUGUACAGGAACUUUAGAAAAUUGUAUAUUGCAUCACCAAGCUGCUACAAAAAUACUAAGUGAAAUAAAUAAUUUUCAAAAUAUGAAUAUGGAUCAAAAGACAGAACUAAAAUGGAAAUAUUUGUUCACGAAUUGUAAAAUAAAAUUAGUAGUAACAAAAACCUACCAAGAAGAAAAGCCAACAAUUUUAGUAGUAGAUAUUGUUAAUAAAGGACCAAUACUACAAUUCAUAUCAUGCAUCCCAAUUUAUUAAUUUUAAC